AUGCUUCUGCAUAUUCUCGUAAUUGUGUGUCUUAUUCACUCGAUCGAUUCUUCGGUUCGUACGAUUGACGAUUGUCAAUUAUUAAUCGUUGGUGGAACAACAUCUGCUCUAGGAGCAAUAAUAACAGCUUCGAAGUUUUUAAAAGGAAACGUAUGUGUACUGGAACCAACAGAUUGGAUUGGCGGACAAUUAUCAGCUGAAUUGUUGAGUGCACCAGAUUUUGCGUUUCAUACAGUGAAAGAUAAGGAUACAAAUUAUACUUUGAAUGUCGGUUCGAUCGAUCGACAAAUGAAUAAUCAAAAUCCUCUCUUUGCCAAAAUGCUUGCUGUCCUAGGCGAUACAGGUCGAUGUUGGGUAUCGCCAAAAUGUUCAAUUCCAAAUUUGUUUCAUUCAGAAGCGAUCGUGCCAGAGUUGAAUAAUACUCGGAUAUUUUACAACACAGUCAUUAAACGUAUCAAUAAAGAUGCAAGUGGUCGCCGAAUUAUUCAAAUUGAAGCCAUUCAACGUACAUCAAUACAAUCAUCGACCGAACGUUGUCGAUUUUUAUCAGAAGAAUUGCCCGAUUGGUACUCGCCAAUAGACAGUGCAUGGUUUACAAAGACACAAUUAUUAUUUACAAACAUGGUAUAUGUUAUGGAAGGUAGUUCAUGGGGUGAAGUGUUAGUUUUGUCGAAUGCAAGUUACCUACAGGGUUUGAUGGAACGUUUUGAUGGUGACACAUCAGGUGUUGGUGAUUCGACAUGUGGUCAAUCGUUUACGUUCGAUUUUCUUCAACAACUACGAGAGACACCUGCUGAUGAACCACCAAAUCCAUUGCCUGAACCCACUGGAGGAGCCAAUUACACAUUUCAAUCUUUAACAUGGGAACGUAUAUGGACAUAUCGACGAGUGAACACAUCUGCACCCAAUGCAGAUACUGUUGCUGCUAAUGAUAUAACAAUACAAAAUUGGUCGGGUGGAAAUGAUUAUCGAAAAGAAUUCUUUUUUCUUUCUUUAUCGGAUGCACAGCAUCAACGAGAUACAAAUCAGUGGCAAGGUGGAGUUAAUUUAGAUGCCAUUCAGAAUGCAGAACGACAAGCUUAUGGAUAUCAUUAUUGGUAUCGAAAGAAUUCUCCUGCACAAUGGGCUAAUCGAACUGUACUUGUACGUUCGGUUCCUGCGGCUGGUACAUGUCACGGUCUGGCAAAAAUGCCGUAUCUAAGAGAAUCACGUCGAUCAAUUGGAGUCGGAGAGUUUCUUAUGAACAUCACAACUAUAAGUGGACAUGCACGUGAUUUACAUGGAUAUAUUUUCGAGGAUCGUCUAUGCAUUGGUGCUUAUGACGUCGAUGUACAUCCCAUGCAGCAGUGUACUUAUCCAUCGUAUAUGAACGAAUACUAUCCUAUUUUGCCAUACUAUGUGCCUUUACGAGCCAUGACAAACCGUGACGUAGAUAAUUUGAUUGUGAUUGGUAAGACUAUGGCACAGUCAUUUUUAGUGAAUUCAGCUACUCGUCUACAUCCAGUUGAAUUUUCUAUUGGACAAGCAGCAGGUGUAGUUGGAGCAUAUGCGGUGCAGAACAAGCUUUCAAAGACUGCUGAUAUGCUCGAAGAAGCACAUUUGAAGCGUGUACAAACUUUGGUGAAAAUAUAUACACCAAUGUCAUGGACAAUCCACGGAACACGAUAUCCUGAUGAUUAG